CAAAGACCAACAACAUCAAUGUCAACAUAGCUCCAGCACAGUCUCGGUCACUCAGGUCAAGGAAGAGGAAAUGUCCAAGUGAUGAAAUCUCAGAGACCAAUGACAUCAAGGCUAGUCAUCAUCAGGACACUGAAGGAAAUCAUACAACAGUGGAUUCCACACUGUUACAAUGCCACAAGUCCCCUCUGCAGGAGCCUUCUGUUAAAGCAUUUGAAGAGAAAGAAGAGACGACAGUCACCAAUCCCAGCAAUGAUUCUCAGUUGAAGGGCUUAAAAGUAGACGCUGAUAAUGAUGCCAACAAGAGCGGAAAGGAUAAGGAGGAAAUGACAGCAUGCACUGAUCAACUCCAGGUCUUGCAAAUCUCUCAAGAAGGGGAUGCUGCUGCUCUGGAGGAUCAACCGGGUGCAGAGGAGAACUCUGAAUGUAAUUUUGAGAAAAACCAAGAUGUUAGUCAAGAAGAACCCAGCGAUGUGGGCAUGACUGAUGUCAAGGAAACCACAAAGGAGACAGCAGCGGGGAUACCGGCCAAAAAGAAGCGAAGGAUGGGAAUGUGUGGUCUGACGGAGAGGGAGCGGAGUCACUUCCUGCAGACACAAAAACGUGAAAACGGGCAGACCGGACCAGAGAGAGUUGGAAAGCAGAUUUGUAAUAACUCAGCUGAGCUUGCGGCUCAGGAAGAGGUUAUAUCGUCGGUAUCAUCCGUACCAGUAGGCAAUGUCACAGAGCAGGAGAAGGCAGAGAUGCAACUUGAGUCCAGUCACUGUGGAGGGGAAGACAGGACAGACACUGAAGUCCACAUUGCUGCAACUACCUCAGAUGGAGCCAGUGUUGCGUCAGAUCCAGGCUGCUCAAAAGACAAGAGUUGUGAGGUUGAGGGAGGUAUGGGACCUGGUCCAGAGCCAACUGGGGACAUAAAGUCAGACCAGCCUGCAGGGGAGGAAGAGGAGCAGCUUUUGGGGAAUAAGAAGCAGCAGGAACAUGAAGGAGGCACAGCUGAGAUUGUAGCUGGAAAACUUCAGGAGCAAAUGCAAGACGGGGAAGAUGGAUCAGCAGCAGUCCAAAGUCCUGCCGUCACUUGUUGCUCUCCUACAACUCCAAAGGAGGAGACUGAGAACUGCGAUGCAAUCGAAGCUGCGGCUCUGCAGGUGGCUCGUGUGACCAGGACAAGAGAGGAGGAGGUGACUGGCGAUGCAGGGGACGAUGACGCAGCUGAAGCUGAAGGUGCAUCGUCCACACACACACAGCCAGGAGGACACGAGGCUGCAGCGACACCCAGAGGACCAGAGAUGAAAGACAACUGUGAUUCUGAAGCUGAACCUGGUGCUGGUCCUUCAUCUGUGAACGCCGAGCCCCCUCAGACCAGUGACACUCCAGACCCGUUUGGAUCUGGGUACUUGGAUUACGUGUCGGACUCGCAGCUGAACACCAUCAUUCUGUCUGAGGAGGUGGCGAUGGAGAUAGAAGAUCUUGAUUGCCCAGAUCAUGAAGAUGCUACAGACCUGAUCUGUGGACUCAUCAGAGAACUUUCCACUCUAAAUCGUAUGGUCAUGGCCGCUCACAGAGAGCUGGAGAACUGGCGCCGCAGCAGUAAAAGUUCAAGGAGCUGCAAACGUUGAGGAUCAACUCGCUGCCAUCUCUAUCCUACCGUUUCCCAAUGGUUUGUGGGUAAUGAGGCACAUGUGGCAUUGAACAAAUUAGUAAUAUUCAUCCGUUGUUUUAUUGGCUGCUGGAAUAUGCAGUUUAACGGCUUAGUUUUUAUUGUUCUCCCCAAAUAAAGCUGGGUGGUGUUUAAAUCUUUAAUCUGAGUGUUUUUUGAAAAUGAUCUAAUAUGAUAACAAAGAACACACAGACACACGGUCAAUUUAGACAUUUUAUAAACUUCCAAUAUACAAUAAGUUCACACAUUUUUUUUAUACAAAGUGAUUAGAGCUGAAGUGGCUUUUCAGAAAAGCCAUUAAGUACAAUAAUGAAAGUAAAACAUGCCUCAGGAACAGGUAUUUUCUCCACACCUCAGAACAAGCAGCUCAUAUUUUAAAAUGUUAAAAUGCUGACCUAGUCACAUGAUGUUUAGC